AUGCACGCCAUUCAGCAACAAUACUGGGCUGUCCGCGACUAUCUGAGUCCGGUUCUGAAGGAAUCUAAGUUCAAGGAGCAUGGAAGGAUUACUCCCGAGGAGUUUGUUGCGGCCGGCGAUUUCCUUGCCUACAAGUUCCCGGUCUGGUCUUGGGAGAAAGGCGAUGCCUCGAAGACUCGCGAUUACCUGCCAGCCGACAAGCAAUAUCUAGUCACGCGUGGCGUGCCAUGUCUCCGUCGUGCGACCUCGCUCGCGUACACUGAUGCAGAUGAAGACGCGGAGCGCCUCUUGAGCUUCGAUGCCGACUCUGGGAAGGGCGACGAGUGGGUGGAGACGCACGCAGGACGACCGAGCCACAUGGACUCUGCCGCGAACCCGGGCACGAUUGAUGAUAUCCCGGAUCUUGACGGUGCUCAGGAUGAGGAGUUGGCAGGCGCCGCAGGGAAGAUGAAUAUUGCUGGAGGCACGGACGAUACGCCUGACAUGGACGAUAUCCCGGACAUGGAGGAGGAUCUGGAGGAAGAAGAUGAUGCGGCAGCGGCACCUUCGAAACCCAGCGUGGCCCCGGCGGCGGCAGAGGGUCUGGAGAAGAGUGAUAUCGAAGUUGCGAAGGGCAAUCUCUUGCAGGUUCGGACGUACGACGUCAUGAUUACCUACGACAAGUACUAUCAGACGCCCAGGAUAUGGCUACUGGGAUAUGACGAGAACCGAACCCCUCUUACUCCGCCCCAAAUCUUCCAGGAUGUCUCUGCAGAUCACGCCUUCAAGACCGUCACAAUCGAAGGCUUCCCGCAUAGCGCAUCACUUCAAGCGGCAUCCGUUCACCCUUGCAAGCACGCGAGCGUCAUGAAGAAAGUGAUCGAGCGCAUGAACGCUGGUGUAGUCGAGGAGCAGAAGGCAGCACAACGGAAGGCUGGUGCGAGCAAGGAUAGCAAAGGCGGCAAGAAGUGGCUGUUCCGUAGCAAGAGCGGGUCCGGUAAAGCCGCUGAAGUGGCAGAGGGAGACGAGGAGGUCGAGGGCAUGCGCGUCGACUUCUAUCUGGUCGUGUUCCUCAAGUUCAUUGCAUCGAUCGUGCCGACUAUUGAGGUUGACUCCACGACGUCGUUCUGA